CCUGAAGGGGAAAAAAAGGCGAAGGAUUUUGAUCAAAGAAAUACACAGAAGUCAUGACUCUAAAAGUUGGAAUUAAUGGAUUUGGGCGAAUUGGCCGCUUGGUACUGAGAGCAGCUUUGGAUAAAGGACUUGAUGUAGUAGCAGUCAAUGACCCUUUCAUUGACCUAGAGUAUAUGGUCUACAUGUUCCGUUAUGAUUCAACUCAUGGAGUAUUUGAAGGUGAAAUCAAAACCGAAGGUGGAAAAUUGGUGAUCAAUGGAAAGGCUAUGUCUGUAUAUGCAGAGAGAGAUCCAGCAAACAUUCCGUGGUCCAAAGACCAAGCCGAGUACAUUGUAGAUUCCACUGGAUGCUUCACAACUUUGGACAAAGCAGGAGCCCAUAUGAAAGGAGGUGCCAAGAAAGUAAUAAUCUCAGCCCCAUCAGCUGAUGCCCCAAUGUUUGUUUGUGGUGUCAAUGAAGAAAAAUACUCCAAGGAUCUAAAAAUUGUCAGUAAUGCAUCCUGCACUACAAAUUGCCUUGCUCCCCUGGCCAAAGUUAUCCAUGAGAAAUUUGGAAUUGUUGAGGGUCUGAUGACGACAGUACAUGCUUACACAGCCACUCAGAAGGUGGUAGACGGACCUAGCAACAAAGACUGGCGUGGUGGUCGUGGUGCUGCCCAAAAUAUAAUUCCUUCCUCCACUGGAGCAGCCAAAGCUGUAGGAAAGGUCAUACCAGAUCUGAAUGGAAAACUAACUGGAAUGGCAUUCCGUGUACCAGUUCCUGAUGUUUCAGUGGUAGAUCUAACCUGCAGGCUCAGUAAAGGGGCAUCAUACAAUGACAUCAAAGCAGCCAUAAAAUCAGCUUCAGAAAAUGAACUCAAAGGAAUUCUGGGAUACACUGAGGAUGAUGUUGUAUCUCAGGACUUCCGUGGAGACAAGAGGAGCAGCAUAUUUGAUGCCAAGGCUGGAAUUGCUCUGAAUGACAACUUUGUAAAGCUUGUAUCAUGGUAUGACAAUGAAUUUGGAUACAGCUACAGGGUAGUGGAUCUUAUCAAGCACAUGUAUGAUGUAGACACCAAAUAAAAUGGACAAAGACUCUUAGUCGUUUUAUAGUAUCAUUGUUUUGGGUUUCUUGUGUAUGUUUUAUGCUUUAUUUUAUUUAAUAGUAGAGGUUAAUAGUAAUUAAUCCUAAUCAAAUAAUGGUGCAUACUCUAAAUUGAAUCUUCCUGUUAGUGCUUUGAAGUCAAACAAAAUGCUGUCAAGCUUUCUUAUGCUGAGGCUAUGAUAAAUUUUUUCGAUGAUAAACUUUUUUAUUCAGUUGAUAUUUUUAGAUUAUAUGAACUCUUUCAAUACUUGUUAAAUUAUUGCAUUUCACAAAAUAAAAUGUUCAUCCUGGA